AUGGCUCUGAGAGUCAGGUUGUGUGUGAGAUUGCUUGAGCAAAUCUUCCGCUCCUACAACUCGGAGAUUGUCUCGGAGAUGUUGACCGAGAUCUUGAAGACUGAGAAGUUCACGGACAUAAGCUUGGUCCAUCGCAACUUCAGGAAAGGGGACAAGAAGGCCUUCAGCCUCUCGUUCAAUUCGGAUAGUACCAGAUGGAACCAGAGGUGGGUCUCUGCCAAGUCCUACAUCGUUCUGAAGUCCUUGCCGGUGAAGCUGGAGAGGUUGUUGGCAACUUUGAUCAAGUCAUGGUCGUACAAGUACUUGUUCAUGAACAAGCACGUCGAGUUGAGGCUCGACUCGAUCGAGAAGGGGGAGGACGCGGCGCCGCUGAUCAAGAUGUUGAUGAAGUACUACUCUUCCUUGAUGAGGUCCAUGGCGAUCAAGUCUUCCUUCUUCCAGGCCUCGGGCAGAGGGGUUGCUUUCAACACUUCCCAGUGGACGGUCCUGAAGAAGGUGGUGGCAGGAAAGGGGGUAUGGGUCAGGCUGAAAGGGCUCGUGGAAGGGUGUGCUGUGUGGGUUGGGUCUGCUCACUUUACGCCGGGCUGUACGCAUGCACAGUACGAACAGGAGGUCUCGGAUUUCCUGCGGGAAGCCCCCGCUGGCAGGGAUCCCGUCUUUUGCCAGGUGGAUGCUAAUGCCCCUCUUGGAUGGACUCCUUUUGACUCUGUGGUCCUGCCUGUUGGGAAGGACGGGAAGGCCAAUGAGAUUCUCGGGCAGCUGGAGGCGAAAGGGUUUCGAGUUAUGGUCCCGCCCAAGGAGCAGUUUGAGGGAACUUUGAGUUGCCGAUACAGCGUGUUCAUCGCCGCCAUCCCACAAGGUGAGGGCUAUAGGGAUCCGGAAGAGGUAAAGAUGGCUAUUGCGAGAGCGAGGGAAAGUCGAACCAAGCAAUCGUGGUGUGAAGUCAGACGUCUCAGGAAACUGGCGCGUAGGAAGUGGGAGCAUGACAGGGUUUCAAGGGCUGCCCAGGGGGAUUGGGCGGCACUGGCGGGCUGCAAAGACACGAACAGGACGGGGUGGGAGCAUGCCUUCGCUGCUUCGCAGACAGAAGACCCGCACAAAGUUGUCCACAACCACUUGGAGCAGGUCUACAAAGGGGAAAGGGUGAUGAAGAACGAGGGACAGUUUGAAGGGGACACCAAGGCGUUCACGGAGGAGGAGUUUGACGUGGCUCUCGGGCAGAUGAAAGGGGGCAAGUCGGUGGGUAUUGAUGGUACUUCCAAGGAGCUCUUCUUGGGCCUAGUUGAUGUUCCUGGCGGGAAGCAGCAUGUCCUCGAAUUCUUCAACAGGGUUUUGGUUACACAUGAUGUGCCUCACGACUGGAAUGUCCCACUCAUGGUUCUCCUUCCCAAGAUUGCUGCGCCUAAGCUGGCCAAGGAUCUUCGCCCCAUCUCGAUGGGCUCGGCUGCCUCUAAACUGUUUUCACGCUUACUGCUCAACAGAACCCUGCAGCAUAUCACAGCACGCGCUCACAGCCAGUGCGCUGGAACAGGGCGUCAAGCCUCGGAUUACAUGUUCACGAUUUGGAGAGUGCUUGAGCUAGAACGGGAGUGGCACGCUGGGCUUUGCUUGGUUAAGUUGGACGUGGCAAAGGCGUUUGACAAUGUGAACAGGGAGAAAUUGCUCGCACGUCUCAAGGAACGUAUGGGAGACUGCUCUGAGCUUCGGUGCUGGCGUGCUCUGCUUCAGGAGAGUUCUGCCUUCUUGCAGUCCCCCUGGGGCUCGUCCCAGGUCACGAUGAGCCAGGGAAUUAAGCAAGGAGGGGUGGAAUCCCCUGGUUUUUUCGCUAUGUUGGCGGAAAUUUGCUUACAGGAAACGGCUGCAAGGUUCCGUUGGCAUGAGGAUCCGGAGGUCUUUGAAGGGUUCCCGUACAACGACGUUUUGUUUAUGGACGAUGGGAUCCUGUGGGCCAAGGGGGCUGACCGGGUGGAGCGGAGGGUCAGACAGCUCAUGGUUGUCCUCGGGGAAUAUGGGUUAAGGCUCAAUGGUUCCAAAUGCCAAUUCCUGUGCUCGCCUCAUUGGAAGGGCAGGAAAAGCAUUGUCAUUGCGGGCGAAACGGUGCCGGCGGUCCAGUCGGUGGAAGUGAUGGGGAUCCCUAUGAGGGUCGGAAUGACUCCGUGCGAGCUGGUGGGACCGUUGCUUUCGAGAGCGCGUGCCAAGUUCUGGACGCUAAAGCACAUCUUCAGAUCCAGGACCCUCAGGUGGUGGGAGUUGGAGCAGGUUGAUGAAUAUGGAACGGUCCAUGGAGGUGGCGGCUGGGCAGGAGUGGAGAAUUCUGGCGCAAGACAGAGGGGCUUGGAAAGGUCGAUGCCGCGAGCCCUGGUCACCGCCGUGCCGAUGAUUCGCCGCAAGAUGGACUACGUCCUCGGUGACGAAGUGGCGUGGAUGCAGAGGCGAGGGAAACAGCCUGGUACCCCUGACGAACCGGAUGGUGACCGAAGGCGUAGGACUGCUGCGUGGCGAGCUGAGGUCGCUGCUCGAUGGCAUGAGCUGGGUGAUGCUCGUGCCAGGGCGAGGGCGUACAGGCGGCUGUUUGCCACCAUUGUGCAGGAGCAUGGCCUGGCGCCUCUCCUGUUUGCGGAGCAAGUGAUGAACCCAGUGUGGGAAAUGGCCUUUCCAUCAUGGCCACAGCAUACCAGAGACAGUCAAGGGGUGGACACAUGGGUGGCGAACACGGCGGCGGAGAUCAUGAGACUGUACGCUGAGCGGCAGCCCAGACCCACUUCGUCUGAGCCAGCUUCGAGUGAUGAUGCACCUCAUCCUGCUGCUGGCAUGGGUGACCUGCCGCCUGCAAUGUCCCUGGACAGUGGGGAUGAGGUCGACACCGAGAGUGCCUCUGGCGAGACGGAGACGGCGGGGGGAGUUAACAAUUCUGGGGCGGCGGUCUCAGGGGUACUGCCUGGUGCUGAUGGGACAAUGGCGGGCGGGCCGGUGGGUCCGGAUGAUGCAGGCAGCCAUAUGGACGUGGCUGUUGGAGCGGAACGCCCUGCCGAACAUGGAGGCGAUGACGAGGAUGACGAAUGCACCCUCAUGGACCGAGGCGACCGAGUGGAAGCAGCAGAGAGGGAGAGGGCGGCUCUAGCUGGGGCCACGUCCUCUGACACGCCGGUCAAUGUCGACUUCACUGUGUUCCCUGACGGCCCUCGGGACAUGGAUCAAGGAGGCCCUUUUAUCCCAGACGACAGGGCGGAGUACAUGAGUGAGGUUCUCAAGGGUUACAGUACUCAGGAACAAGUGUUCAUGUUGUGGUACGUGGAAGGCAGUGACCGUGAUGGGGAUGAUGAGAACACGGUCAUGUUACAGCUGUGGUCCCUGCAGGGGCCUGUCCAGUGGGAAGGGGAUGAGAGUGGGUUCGUGCAAACCGACAUGGCUACCUCUGCUGGACUGGUGCAACGUCUACAAAGGGCCCUGGAGGAAUCCCAGCCAGGUGUCGCUCGGCUGCGCGCGGAGAACAUUCGGGCCAGGCUGGCACGAGCAAGAGGCAUAUGCCCGGCAGGCUCAAUGGGGAGUGAAAUCCUUUCCCAUGUGGAUGCUCUGUGUGUGGCUAUGUCUUCGUCCUUGGAAAAUGAGGUGGCUGAUGGAUUCGCGGCGAGGGCCGAUGAGGUGGACGAAUGGGCUUGGCACUGGCAGGCCAUCCAGCGAGAAGUGGUUCCGCAUGAGUCUACUGCUGGCCCGGCGUCUUCGUCGCUCCCCUCUGUGGUUGACUCGUCGCCGCGGACCGUUGGGGCGGAUGUGGACAGUCCGGUGAUCAACGAGAUGGCAGAGGAGGAGAGGCUCGCAAGGUGCCAGCGGGAAGAGGAAGAAGCCCAUGUGGAACGCUUCCUUCGUGAGCUGCUGGACCAGACAGAUGAGGAAGCAGAGAGAGCGCGGAUGUGCCAGGCAUGGGACGACUGGGCGCUGUACGAUGAGAUGCAUAACAGGCAGGGGAAGACCCGCAAGAGACGGUUUGUCGAGCUGUCCAAUGAUGAGGGUUUAGGGUCGGGCCUGGCUUCCUCAGGGUCCUCAGUGGCUCGCUUAUGGUUGCCCCCUCAUGGUGAUCUUCGGCUGUCUUUGCGGAUGGGCUUUGCUCAAGCUGAGCAGGUGAUGGAGGAUGGGGACAGCAAUGCAGACACUGUCUUGGUUCCUGUGGGCGAGGCAGGCCAAGAGGACUCGCGGGCACUGCAGUCUCAGAGAUCGUCGGCUAAGCCCUCCUGUGAUGCUGGUGUCAAGGAGGGCGUCCCGCUCGAAUUUGACGACUUUCAGCGUCUCUUUGAUCGCUGGCGUGAGGGAGGCAUCUCGAAUGAGGAGGUCUCUGGCCAGUUUGGGCAGCACACCCUUGACUUACUACAAACACAGAUGGCUGUCCUUCAGACGGAUGGGGACUCUGUUGGGGGUCUCCCUGGGAUGAGGGCCACGACGGAAACCAUCCUGGAUGCUUUGGUGGAGUCGGGUGGUCCAGUGUCUGAUGCUGACGCGGACGGUUGUGAGAUGACUGAGGCGGCGGAUGGUGUCGCUCAGGGUGCUUUGGAAGAAGAGCGAGUUGCUUUCGGUGAAGACGAGGAGUGCGAUGAGAGUGAAGUGAUUAUGGAGGAGGGGUUUGACAUGGGGACUGGGUUCAGAACUGGCUAUGCUCCUCGUCGUCGGCGGCAUCAGUGGAGGGCUUGGAAAGAUCGAAGUGACUAG